CGAAGCACAACCCCGUUACCGAAAACAAAGCCAAAACCUAGCCAUGACCUCAUCACAAAAAUACUCUUCCCUAGUUGUCUCCAUUGUUUGGGCUCUUUUGGUUGUUUGGAAAUCCGAAGCUGGAAUACAGUACUCAGAAAGUCAGGCUCUCCUUCAAUGGAAAACCAGUCUCCGAAGUCAAGAUUCACUCGGGACGUGGAAUAUGACCGCCCCCCAUCCCAACACCACCGCCGAUUCAAGCCCAUGCGACUGGUUCGGAAUAACUUGCAAUGCCGCCGGGAGCGUAACCCAGCUAAACCUGACAAAUGCGAAUUUAAGUGGUACGAUCACCAACUUUGAUUUCUCUUUGCUACCCAACCUUGUUCGUCUUGAUCUUAGUUAUAACGAUCUCCACGGCACCAUCCCAGACCAAAUUGGCACACUCUCGAAGCUCACCCACCUUGAUCUUGCUUGGAAUCAUCUUUCUGGUGCUCUACCUCUUUCCUUGGCCAAUCUCACCAUGAUUUAUUGGCUCUACAUCCCUUACAACCUGUUAUCUGGUGAACUAGACCCAAGAUUGUUCACAAACUGGACAAAACUGACUUUCCUUGAGCUUCGGACGAAUGGUCUUACGGGAAGAAUCCCUCCCCAGAUCGGUAGCCUUUCGAGUCUCCAAGAGCUAGGCCUCUUUGAGAACCAACUUAGCGGUUUUAUACCGUCUGAAAUUGGAAACUUGAAGAAUUUGGUUGCGUUGCGUUUAAGAAGUAACCAUCUUAUUGGUCAUAUACCCCCAUCUUUGGGCAAUUUAAGCAAUUUAAGAUCUUUAUACCUGGAUGUCAAUCAACUCUCUGGACCAAUCCCUACCAACAUUGAUACAUGGAGAAACUUAGUUGAACUACACCUAGUUCAAAACCAACUAUCUGGAUCAGUACCUCAAGGAAUAGGAAACUUCUCAUCUUUGGUUCAUCUCCAUCUUGACGAUAACAACCUUUCUGGUGACUUACCGCAACAAGUUUGUCAACAUGGAUUUUUGAAAACAUUCACUGCAUCUAGAAACCACUUCACUGGUCCCAUCCCAAUAAGCCUCAAAAACUGCACACGCUUAAUCCGUUUACAACUUGCUCAGAACCAGCUUAUUGGAAAUAUAGACCAAGAUCUUGGAGUAUAUCCAAACCUCCAGUAUUUUGACCUCAGCCAAAACAGGUUGCAUGGAGCAAUCCCACCCAACUGGGGAAGUUUCAAAAAUCUACUGCUGCUAAACUUCUCUAGAAAUAUGAUCAGUGGGAGAAUACCACCUGAGCUUGGCCGGAUAACUCAACUAGGAAAGCUUGAUCUCUCUUCAAACCAACUUGUUGGAGAGAUACCGAAGCAACUCGGAAGAUUCCCUGCUUUAUUCUUUCUGAGCUUAAGUGAUAACCAACUUUCAGGCCAAAUACCGCUUGAAAUCGGAGGGCUAUCUAACCUGAGAUCCCUAGACCUCUCAACAAACAAGUUGAUUGGGCAGAUCCCAGAGCAACUAGGGGAUUGCAGAAACCUAGGUUAUUUGAGUUUGAGCAACAAUUAUUUGAACGAGACUAUUCCAGAUCAGAUUGGAAAUCUGGUGUCCCUUCAGUCACUAGAUCUUAGUAAAAACUCACUCACAGGGGAGAUAACAAGACUGCUGGGAAAUCUGGCUAAGUUAGAAGAACAAAACCUAUCUCACAAUAUGUUCAGAGGGUCCAUUCCGUCUUCACUCUGUGAUACGAAAGCUUUGUUCAGUAUUGAUUUUUCGUACAAUAAUUUGGAUGGCCCUAUUCCUCAAUGUGGUAUCUUUCGUGUGGUACCAGAGAUGGCAUUCAUCAACAACACAGGGCUAUGUCGUCGUUUGAGCUUUUCGUUCGAUGACUGCAAUCAUUCCCCCCAUAAGAAAGAAGACAAAAAACUACUUGUCCCGAUUAUUGUUGCUUCUUUCAUGGAAACACUGUUCCUUGUGUUUGUAUUUGUUGCUAUCUUGUUCCUAUACAAUAGGAAAAGAUGGAGGAGACCAGAGAAAGAAGAAAGCGAUUCAAACAAGGAAGACAUUUUUUCAUUGCUGAAUUUUGACGGGAAGGUUGCCUAUGAAGAAAUCGUUGAUGCCACAAAUGGCUUCCACUGCGGCUACUUCAUUGGGGUAGGAGGAACUGGAUGUGUUUACAAGGCAGAGCUACCAACUGGUCAUGUAUUGGCAAUAAAGAAAUUUUAUCCCCGUGAGGAGGAAGGAUUAGAGGACAUGAAAUGUUUCAGGAAUGAGAUACAAGUGUUGACAGAAAUACAACACCGAAACAUUGUGAGAUUUCAUGGUUUCUGCUCUCAUCGACUGCACAAAUUUCUGGUGUACGAAUAUAUGGAAAGGGGGAGCUUGCAAAAUAUGUUAAGCAGCAGAGAGGGUGCAAGGGAGUUAGAUUGGGUCAAGAGGAUUAACGUCAUUAAAGGUGUAGCCAAAGCUUUGGCUUACCUUCAUCAUGAUUGUGUUCCACCCAUAAUUCAUCGAGAUAUAUCAAGCAAAAACGUUUUGUUGGAUUCAGAACUUGAGGCUCACGUCGCUGAUUUUGGCACUGCAAGAUUUUUGAAACCCACUGAUUCAUCUAAUUGGACAAUGCUUGUUGGAACUUGUGGAUAUAUGGCUCCAGAGCUCGCUUACACAAUAAUUGUGACCGAGAAAUGUGAUGUUUAUAGCUUUGGCAUUUUGGCGCUAGAAGUGAUUAUGGGUAGGCAUCCAAUUGAGAUUGCCACCAUUUUGUCAUCAACUACUGAUCAAACUAUACUGCCACAGGACAUAUUGGAUCCCCGACUCUCUACCCCUACAACUCAGCAGGUUUCAGACCAACUGGAUUCAAUUCUGAAGCUUGCAUUUACAUGCUUACAUGCUAACCCGAAAUCCCGACCAACCAUGCUAAAUGUGUCUCGGGAACCAUUUUUGUGUCAGUAAGAAUAUCCGAGAAACUAAUAUACUAAUAAACAUGACUUUUUUUUU